AUGGAUGGGCCAAAUAUAGGAUUUGGUAAAUGGCUUCUUGUUAUUUUUGUUAUUAUAAUAAUUAAGCAAUAUUGUAAAAUACAGGGAUGGAUUUACUGGGGGGUGCUAUUUUUCAUGAUAAAGCAAACAAAUUAUUAGAGACAAAAUGAGAUUCAGUAAUUUGAGUAAUAACAUGAUGAUAAGCGAACUGUGAACAACAAUUACAAUUCAUAUACUGUAGUCAAGCAAGACUUUGCAGUAGUGGAACAAGUUGAUGGACGCGUAAAGUCACUGGAAACCAAUUGCAACGUACUCGUCCGGAAAAAUUUUUUGCCUCAAAAGUUGUCGGCAGGGAAGUCAUUGCUCUCCGAAAAAAAAAUUUUCCGGAAAAUUUUUUUAAAUAGGGGUCCUUAAAAAAUUUGCACCCCCCCCCUACCAGAUCGUGCUGGAUCCAUCCCUGGUAAAAUAACCUUUUCCUUGUAGAUUCAGUUAACAAGAUCUCGAUCUAGUGGCAAUGAAGAUAAUGCUAUUAUAGUACCGAUAUAUUUACCUCCUGAUAAUGGUACUACACCAAGUCAAGUGACAAGUCUGGAUAAUAUCCCUAAUGACUCCUCUAUCAAACUCAGUCCACAUAUUGAAGCUGUUAUCUCUCAUCUUAAGACCUGGAGUGAAACUACACAUCGUUUACCAGGUUUGCUAAUAUUUAUCUUUUCUACUCCGCAAACGUCUCGUACCCAUAGAUAUCUUAUAUACACUAGAUCAGCCACUCCUUGCGUUAUCAACAAUAUAGUAUUGUAAUUACCAACCGUUAUCAGCAAUAAGUUAUUGCGUUGUAACUCUAACCCCCACCCCCUAAUCUCUAACCCCCACCCCCUGACCCUAAAGUUGGUGAAGUAUUGUAAUUAUCAACCGUUAUCAGCAAUAAGUUAUUGGUUUUAACCCUAACCUCUAACCCCCACCCCCUAACCUCUAACCCCCACCCCCUAACCCUAAAGUUGGCUGCCGUGAUUGCAGACUCAGGAUAUUCCCAUGAAAUGAGAAGUCUCGUAUGUUUUCUAUUUCUUAAACAGGGAACUUAAACAUUACGUUAAACCUAUUCCAAAUACAUUUUCAAACUAUUCAAAUGAUGAAAGUUAUUGUUUUUUAAGCGUUUAUUAGCGAGUGAGAAACUCCAAUACGGCCGCCAUCUAUUCAAAUGAGGGUAACCGCUGGAAUAUUCUUGGCUUCAAUUUUACUAAAAGAGAUGCGCUAUCUAGUGUAUAUAAGAUAUCUAUGCUCGCACCUGUAUUUUUUGCCCGCCGCCGGAGGCCCUCGAGGACCAAAUUAGGAGAUUUAAUACCAAAUGUCAAACAUAUUCGUUCAUUUGUUUCCUUCUUAUAUUGUUUAAUGAGUUGUUCCUGAAUUUUGAAAGCAAUAAAAUUAUUGUGUAAUCGCAGAUGAUACGCAGCAUUUAGGAACAGUGAUUUUUAUUGGUUGCAUUCAAUAAUCAGACAUAGUACCACAGUGCGGUGCCCUAGAGCAUGCGCAAUACACUAUUUUUGAAUAAAUACCAAGGCUUAUAAUUCCCAACAGACACCGAGAGACUAACAAAUUCACUGACCAACAAAUUCACUGACUAACAAAUUCAUUCAAUUGCUUUUGUACAGCGGAUUUGAUCAUAUCCACAUGUAAAUUUGCGCGUGAGAAAUGCUAAUCAUGUUCAGAACAAAAUUGUUUUGUUCUUUAGAAAACCUCCGUCCACUUGGAGGUCGUCGUCUUAACAACUGCUAGCUAACUAAAUAAUCUUCGAAUAAACAGGAUGCUAGCACAACCUAGACUGUGCUCCAGUCCACCUAGCUCAAUCCCCCAAUCCUAAAUCUAACCCUUACCUACCUCAAUCCUAACCUUUAAUCACAAUUCUAAAUCUGACCCUCACCUAUCCUAACUCUCGCCUACCUCAAUCCUAUAACCCUUAAUCCUAACCCCUAUCCUAAAUCCAAUCCUCGCCUACUCCAAUCCUUAAUCCUAAUCCUUGUGACGUCAUUAGUUUCGUGAUAGUAAAAUGGAAAGUUAUCCGAUUUUGAAACGUCGUAUGUAAUUAUUUGAAAAUGACGUUCUGAAAACAUUGCUAUUAGAUUAUCCCCUAAGUUUCCCAGAUGGUAUCGGAGCUUCAAAGCUUAUUAUUGCCCCUUCAAGGCAUCCCUAGUACAUUAUUUCCUCAUUAGGAUGACAUGAAUUUCCUUUAGCAGUAUGCCGACCUUGAUCGACCCGGCGAAUUCGCGAACGAACUUCUCGUUGCAAUAAUAGGGUCAUUUCCCGUGCCUAGGUCAUCCUUUUUUUAAUAUCGUCGGUUCCUGCUGCAGUGGGUAUUGAUCGCGGUAAAAUUUGCUAAUUAUUUCAAAUAAUAUUCAGUCCAACUUUCGAAAAAUAAAAGAUGGAAUUUUUUUUUCAAUUUUUUUUCAUAUUUUCCAAAUUUUGCAUUUCAAAAGGGUUCUGCCCAACACGAAUGAAAGAGUAUUAUAAGGACAUGAUGUUUCGUGACUCACUGUCUUUCUAGAAGUUUAUACCUCGGUAUGUGCUUCUACCAAGUCAAGAGAUUCUCAAGUAAUUGUCACAUCAAAGUUUCCGUGCAUCGUAUUUUGACAUCUUGCCAUAUUUCGGCGAAUUUAAAAGUAUUCCUUGCGAGUUAAAUCUACCAUUCAUAGUCGACAGACAACGUUAUAUCAGUCCUAAGACUUUGGCAUAACUGUGCUCAUUUUCUUGGUAAUGUGGAGUGAAAAUUAUAGUGCUAAUUACAAAAAAAAAACCCACAUUAAACCACACACAAAUAAAUGUUGUCCCUGUGACAAUUUGUUUAUUUCAUUAAUAACUUUUACAUGCGUUUAAACCUUUCCGUUCGUAUGAGAAACACUGGCAUGCAGCCUUAAAAGACAAGUACUUCUAACAUGUUACAGAAGCUGUGAUGUCAGUCUUUCAUUUACCACCUGAUGCAACACCUGUUCUUUUUUAUGAUGCAAUACACUUUUUUUAAUUGCCCUCAGUUCAAACAGUUUACCAUAUAUAACAACGUGGCCAGUCACAAGUAUACUUCGUAUUUCUAAGUACUUCCUUCCACGUGCGUACACUAUUAUUCAUCGCCAAGCUGAAACGAUGUCAGUCUAUUUCUGUCACAGGGUGGCAGCGGAAAUGUGGGCGAGUGUGGAACAAUGAUUAGUUUGUUCACCAAACAGAGCUCUCUGAGAAAUUUAAAGAUAUAAAGUCUCUUUAAAACGGUUUUUAUAUGGUGUAGUUUCACAGAACUGCCCACAACACUUUCUAUUAGAGGUGGGCAAAUCGGAUUCGUUCGGAUUUCGGAACAAAAAUAUUCAUUUCGAAUUGGAUCGGACUGAUAAAGUUGUUUCGUAGUCGGAUCGGAUCGGACUUCGAUAUUCGAAAUAAAAUGAAUUAAUUAUCCACGACAACGUGGUUGUCGCUGCAUUAUUCGUUUGAUACUUCAAUUGGACGUCACUUUGUCAGCUUCUUGAUAUGUAUUUCUUGCUUUUAUAUUUAUUUUGUUAAAUAUUUCCACUUGAAUGAGAAAUUUAUUUUGUUAAAGGAUUCUUCUGAUCGGAUCGGAAUUCUUUAUCAAAACUCGGAUCGGAUUCGGAUUAGACAAUUUCGGAUCGGAUCGGAUUUUAAACAUUAGCCAAUUGUCGGAUUAUAAACGUCCGAUCCGAUGCACACCUCUACUUUCUAUAUCCUUGUGGGCCGCAGGUUCGAUUCCGCAGAGCCGGUAGUUCCAUUUUACGCAACUGCUCCAAGUUUAAUAAAUGUAUAAAAUUUACACUCGAAAUUUCUUCACUCUCAGUUUAGAUAAACGACAAUUAUCAUUUCAUUUUAGGAAAACUUAAAAACACUCCGGCUGCUAUAAAAUUUGUCAUGAAACGUUUUGGAAUCCUUUACCGCGGCUGAUAGUUUCGGCAAAUACAGAACUAAUGUUAUUCUGGAAAAAGUAUGCAUGCAUGAAUUCUGGAAAAGUAUGCAUGAAUUCUGUAACGCUAUACGCAAUCUACUUAAAAAUAUAUGCAUUUCGAAUGGAGAUGAAUCGAAAUUGAUUCGAAAUAUACAGAUUUUUAAAUAGAAAAUGCAAAUGGAUAUAGUCCUUCGUCGGGAAAUUAGUGCGCCAAUAGUUGCCAAGUUUUACUGGUAUUUUUCAUAUAAUUGAAUCCAUCUGCAUUUCUCUCGUGUUUUUGUUACCACCUACGUUGGCUCAGACCGUUGCGAUUUUUAAAUAGAUCAUGGAUCAAUAGAUCAACUCUUGACGAAGGGCCUUCGCUCGAAACGUCGAGUUUCUGCUUAUUUUUAAGGUAGUAAUAUAACCACUCAGCACAGUGUAUUCAUGCACACUUUUUUUGGAAUAACAUUAGUUCUGAAACGUUUUGGCAAAUCAGGAAAUAUUGUAAUAAUUUUGUUAAAAUGAAAUAUUAAUAAUUGUACAAAAAAGAUGAAUAGAAUUGAAGAAGAUCUGCACACCGGCUGUGAACACUUGCAUAUGUUAUGGCAGUGGGCACCCCACUUCUUUGUCUAGAAAGUGUCGAGCAACGAAAUACAUCCUUCAAGACUACACGUCGACUUAUACCAACCAUUUAAAGCAAUUUGACCGAUUCUCCAUCUGAUACUGGUUCGAGAUAAAGAUAUUAUGUUUUAUUUUUACAAAUAGUGACUUAAAACAUUAUGACUUAAAACCUGAAAACUAUACACUAGGCAAUCCAUCUCAUCAUAUUCGCCUUAACGUCUGCAGAAUAUCUUCUUUCCGAACUCUAUUUUUCAGUACGAUUCGAAAACAGUUAAAGAUUUUAACUUUCGACCGGCGAAUCACAUUGAAAAGGAAUUAAAGAAUGAUCUAUACAGUUAUCUACUCCAUUAAGUACUGACUGGAGUGAUGUUAUUUCAUCAAUAAUGUCUUGUUUCUUCCAGGAACAUGUCCUCUCUAUCCUGCUGUUCUAUCACUACUCAAGAGCCUGGUUGUUCCAGAGUAG